GGUAACAGGUAUCAUUUUCCUUCCACUUUACAGCUAUAUGCCACUUUGUGUUGGGUGAGAUUACAUAAAAUGACAUGAAAUCCCAAUAAAAUACAUUUACGGUUGUGGUUGUAACAAAACAAAAUAUGAAAAUGUUUAAGAGGUAUGGUAUAGUGAACACUUUUGCAAGGCAUUGUAAUAUCCUUUCUUACAAAAGAACAUUCACGAUUAACGUAUUCCAUUAAUGCAUGCUAUGUGCAGGGAAAAUAUCACCGCUUGAGGCGCUAUAGAGCAGCGACCGAAACCUACACAACCUCCUCCAUUCCAAUGUAAAGCCCAUUGCGCUUUAAUCCAUCAAACCCUUCUCCUUAUAGCUCCAGCUUUCACUGCUGUAGUUACCUAACUGUUCUGGGGUAACCGGCCAAAAUGUCCGAUUUCGAAGAGUUCGAGAAACAGCUGAGCGAAAAUAGGCAAGAGAGAGAGAAGGAGAGGCACAGGAAAAGAAGCCGGAGUGGCUCACAAGGUCGUGUUGAGAAACAUCACAGCCGAGAGAAACGCAAAAGCCGUGAUUGCCGGAGCAGCUCAAGAGAUCAUAAAAAACACAGUCAUUCUCCACGGAGAACAAGAAAGAAAAAGGCAUAUAAAUACUGGGAUGUUCCAGCACCAGGAUUUGAACACAUCACACCACUCCAGUAUAAAGCUAUGCAAGCUGCUGGGCAGAUCCCUACCAUAGCUCUCCUGGCUACAUCUAGUACAGCAGGAAUGGCAGUGAUGCCAGCACAGGUUCCUGCUGUUGGCAGCCAAAUGACCAGACAAGCGCGACGUUUGUAUGUUGGGAACAUACCAUUUGGAGUCACUGAGGAGUCAAUGGCGGAAUUCUUUAAUACUCAAAUGAGAUUUGUUGGACUUUCCCAAACACCCAGCAACCCUGUGCUUGCAGUGCAGAUCAAUCAGGAUAAGAACUUUGCCUUCCUUGAGUUUCGAUCUGUAGAUGAAACCACUCAGGCAAUGGCAUUUGACGGAAUCAACUUUCAGGGACAGGCACUGAAGAUCCGGCGACCUCAUGACUAUCGACCUCUGCCUGGUAUUUCUGAGCAGCCUGCUUUCCAUGUACCAGGAGUUGUAUCCACAGUUGUACCAGACUCUCCCAAUAAACUCUUCAUUGGAGGUUUGCCCAACUAUCUUAAUGAUGAUCAGGUUAAGGAGCUUUUGACAUCAUUUGGACCACUCAAAGCCUUCAACCUUGUCAAAGACAGUGCUACAUCACUGUCCAAAGGCUAUGCUUUCUGUGAAUAUGUGGAGAUUAAUGCCACUGACCAGGCAGUGGCAGGACUGAAUGGAAUGCAGCUUGGUGAUAAGAAGCUCAUCGUCCAGCGUGCCAGUGUCGGGGCAAAGAAUGCAAAUCCAACUGUGAUAACAGAGAGUCCAGUGAGCCUGCAGGUGCCCGGGCUGCAGAGACUACAGAACUCGGCCUCGCCUACUGCAGUGCUUUGCCUCCUCAACAUGGUGCUGCCUGAGGAGCUGCUCGAUGAUGAUGACUAUGAAGAGAUCCUAGAGGACGUCAGGGAGGAGUGCUGUAAAUAUGGCAACGUGCGAUCCAUUGAGAUCCCUCGACCUGUCCAUGGAGUGGAAGUCCCUGGCUGUGGGAAGAUAUUUGUGGAAUACGGAUCCGCAGCAGACUGUCAGAAGGCCAUGCAGGCUUUGACAGGGCGAAAGUUUGCUAAUCGUGUUGUAGUUACCAAGUACUAUGAUCCAGACUUGUACCACAGACAUGAAUUCUGAAUAAUCUCAAGAAGACAGGGAAAUGCUCAACUUGACAAACAUGCUGAUAGUUACAUUUUUGUGUGUAUUAGUUUCACCACAAUAAAAUAUUAUAAACUAUAAAAUAUUUUCACAUUAAGGACUUUAGCAUUCAUAAUUUAAUAAUUCAACAUUUAAUAUUAGCAAUACAGAAUAUGUGAUCUAAGUAAGACUUAUAUUUCUGUUAACUCAAAACUCUAGCUAGCUUUAAUAUAUCUAUUUAUCGUAAAGUUAUUUGCAGAAAAAAAAUCAUAAAAGAGUUAAAUGAUGUGUAUAGCUUCAUGCUCAAGCCUGAUGUGUUGUUCUGGCCUGUAUUUAUCAAUCCUCUCAUUAAUUAUCUCAGAAUCAUUCUGGAACAAGUGUUCUGUACUCAUUGUUACCUGCUGGUACUAAAUCAUCCAUGCUGUACCACUGCAUCUUCUCCAGUCCUAAAAAUGCUACCUGCUAAUCAUUUUAAGCCCAAAUAAUAGCAUGUCAAAUCUAACAUCUGUUAAAAGUGCACAACCCACUCAGUAACCACCUUAAGACUGCCUGUGACAUUUCACAGAUUCUGAAUGGUACAGUAUAUCUUCUGUGCAGUUAUUUUGUCAAACAUUAACUCACACUUAACAGUCCUCCCACAUUAGUAAUCUUGAUGAAUCAGUCAUCUAAUCAGUCACAAAUUUUUGUGAUUGUUAUGCCUAGUUGACUAUUGAUAGUAGAAGAGGCUUGAUGAAUGAAGGCUCAAAGCUCAAUUGUGGCAAAUACCUUAUGUUUUAUUUGCUGGGUAUUAUUUAUUGGUAGUACAAGUGAAAAUGAAUCUGAUAUUAAAAAAUGUUCGAUGGAACCUUUGCUGCUUAUCCUAUGGUGUUGAUACAUUUAAAAACUACUAACAGUGUAGAUACUCUACUGCAUAAAGUAUAUGUGAUUGUUUGAAAAAGAAUAAUUUUAUAUAAUCAUAUUCUAUUUAUACUGUUUAUCUGUAUUUAUUAUGAGUAUUUUGCACCUUAUGUUCUGGCAAAAGACAAGUAAAGUAGAAAUGAAGUUAGGAAUGUAUGUGAAUCUGAGUUGAUUUAAGUGAACACUGUUGUAUCAUAGACAAUUUUAAACUGGCUACUAGAGGCUACUAGGAGCUCCAACAGAGAAACCCAGCAGAGAAGUAAAAUCUG